AUGAGACGGAAAAUCUUGGCAUGGCGCAGUCAGCAGCGGCCUGCAUUACUUGCAAAGUCUUCCGAUUCCCGCAGGCAAGCCCCUGCUGGUUUUGUCGAAGUCCCGCUCGCAGAACUGCAAAUGCUACAGUCCGAAUACAAUACCUUUCAUGGUUGGAUGACAGCUUACCUUUCGUCAGCCAACUCGACAGAUCCCCAGACAGCCCAGCUGAACCAAGAUGUUCUAGCCUACGAUAUGUGGAUAAAUAUCUUCCUCAGCAAAUACGCCAACAGUACCAAUGCUCCAGCAGCCGCACUCACACCUGCGGCCGCAGCUACACCUGCAGCCAGCUCAACAGCCGCAGCUCCAUACGCUGUUGUGGCGAAUAGUAGUACUAAUGGCUCGUUCAGCGCUCAGUCCUCAAGCAACCUUGCAGUCUACUACGGCCAAUCACCCGCUACCGACCAAUUUACCCUGGAGCAAAUGUGUCAAGACCAAAACGUUGACAUAGUUGUCCUUGCUUUCCUCACUACCUUCUUUGGCCCUGCAGGACAACCAGUCAUCAAUUUUGGGCCAGCCACCGGAGGCACUCCCACGCUUGGAGCCCAAAAGAUCAACGCUACCGGCCUGUUAGACUGUCCAUAUCUAGCCAAGAACAUCACUACCUGCCAAAGUCUUGGCAAGAAAGUCUUGUUGAGUCUAGGAGGUGCCGCUGGUGUCACAAAUUUCACUAGCGAUGCGCAAGCCACCAGCUUCGCGACUGACCUUUGGAACCUCUUCGGUGGCGGAAUGACCAACUCCGAUUUGAGGCCUUUCGGUUCCGUCAAGGUUGACGGCUUUGAUGUCGAUAACGAAGACCACAGCACAAAAUACUACGAUACUUUUGUAUCAUCCCUCCGCAAUACCUACGCGGGUGACAAGAGUAAGCAGUACUACAUAUCUGGUGCACCGCAGUGUCCUCGCCCCGACGCUUCCAUCCCACUAGGUUCAAUGCAGACGAUGGAUUUCGUCUUCGUCCAGUUCUACAACAACGCCGCCGCUGGUUGCGAUAUCGGACAGCCUGGCUUCGUGGACUCUUUCAAAGCCUGGUCUGGUGACUUGAGCGGUAACGGUACCGUGGCCGGGGGAGGACCUAAGUUGUACAUUGGCGCGCCAGCCUGUGAAGCCUGUGCUGGCAAAGGGUAUUUAGAGCCUGCCAAUAUGACAAGUGUUAUCAAAAGUGCGAUGAUGGCAGGCGUUAAAAACUUUGGUGGUGUUAUGCUGUGGGAUGGCUCUGAAGCGAAGAACAACACCGGAGCUGAGGGUGACUAUCUGCAGGUUGUGAAGUCAGCUUUAGAUUAA